GGCCGAGCGUGUCAGGACCUGCAGUCGCUCCGGACGGGCCAGUCGUCGCAGUCGGUCCGUCGCCACCGGAGACCCGAGUCCCGAGAGAGCCUUCGAGAGCAGCAGCAGAGCAGAGCAGAUGGAGUGGCGCGCAGCGGCCUGGCUGCUGCUGCUGGCGGCGGGCGCCUCCGCGGCCCACGUGACCCGGAGACGCAGCGUGGACCUGACGGAGGCCUGGGACCACGCGCAGGACGCGCGCCUGCCCCGCGAGGUGGUGCCCACGGGCUACCGCCUGCAGCUGCUGCCCGACCCGGGUACAGGGCGCUGGCGCGGCCGGGUCUGGAUCAACAUCACGUGCCUGGAGGGCACGGACACCGUCGUGCUGCACGCGCACGAGGACCUGGACCUGGCGCACUCGGACGUGGCCGUCAGGAGGUGCGACCCGGCGACCCCCGACGACGGCGUCACCAUCCACCACCCCAUGAACCACCGGGGGUCGGCGCCCUCCCACUCGGCCAUGACCAUCAGCAGCACCAAGAAGGAACCGGGCAAGCAGUGGUACGUCGUGGUGCUGUCCGAGAAGCUGAGGAAGGACGGCAACUACCAGCUGGAGAUGUCCUUCUCCGGGGACAUGGGCUCCGAGGACAGCCUGGGCCUGUUCCGGGGCAGCUACCAGGACCACCGCUCCAAGGAGCAGAGGUGGUUCGCGGCGACCAACAUGAGGCCCACGAACGCCCGGCGGGUGUUCCCGUGCUUCGACGAGCCGGCCUACAAGGUUCCUCUCGAGCUGAGCGUGGGCAGUCCGACCCAGUACUCGGUGCUGGCCAACUCGCCCGUCAGGGCCAUAGAGGACAUGGAAGAGCAGCCGGGCUGGCGGUGGCAUCACUUCCAGAAGACCCCGCCGCUGUCCACCUUCUCCGUCGGCUUCCUGGUGUCCGACAUGGAGCACGUGGUGGCCCAGCAGGGGGGCGAGGGGGCCACAGAGGUGCGCGUCUACGGGCGCCCGCACUUCCUGAGCCAGCUGAAGGAGGCGGCGGCCCUGGCGCCCAAGGUGCUCGGCUUCCUGCAGGGCUACCUGGGGCUGGACUACCCGGCGGCCAAGCUUGACCUGGUGGCUCUGCCCCACUUCCUGGCCUCCGACCCCGCCGACCACUGGGGGCUGGUGCUCUUCAAGGAGAGCGACCUGGUGGGGGAGAACAGCAUGUGGCACGUGACCCAGGAGCUGGCCGUGCAGUGGGUGGGCCACUACGCCACGCCUCACUGGUGGAACUACGCCCAGGUCAACAAGGCCAUGGCCAACUACCUGGUCAACGCCUUCACCAUGCAGGAGAAGAACCAGUACCUGUGGACCCAGGGCUACUACCUGUACUACGGCUACAGCAGUCGAUACGCCUUCCCCAACCUGGGCUCGGAGCUGGAGAACAUCAAGACAGGCAAAUGCACGUGGCUUCUUCGAAUGUUGAACUACACACUGACGGAGCGCACUUUCAGAAGUGGACUUAAGAAGUUCCUGGAAGACAGGCAGUACAAGACGUUCUCGCAGAAGGACGUGUGGGCAGCGCUGACCGCGCAGGGCCGCAGGGACGGCACGCUGCCCGAGGACCUGGACGUGGCGGAGGUGGCGCAGUCGUGGCUCGACAACGAGCGGGUGCCCGUCGUCACCGUGAACCGCAACUACGAGGACAACACGGCGGACGUCGAGCAGCACAUGUUUCUACGUGAGCGACCUCACGAUGUGCCGGACCGGGACAAGAUGCUGUGGUACAUCCCCAUCAUGUACCUGACUCCGGACAACCUGAACGUGUCAGCCAUCAGCCCCGUCGCCUGGAUGAAGAAACAGAAGGAGAUCACGGUGGCUGACUUGCCUGGGCCCGACCAAUUCAUCAUCGUCAACCCUGAGGAGAUAGGCAUGUUCAUGGUGAACUACGACAUGAACAACUGGGCGCUGAUCGCGGACGCCUUGCUGGGGCGCCAGCUGCCCGUGCCAGUGCGCGUCAAGCUACUCCACGACGCCUGGAACCUCGCAUACGCCGGAGAGCUCAACUUUGCGUCUGCACUCAAUGUCACCUUGUUCCUGAAGGGCGAGCGUGACCCGCGCGUGUGGGACAUUUUUUUCACCAUGAUCGACCAUGUGGGGCGCCAGAUCAGCGGCACGAAAGCCGAACUCAAGUUCGAGGAGUACUGUCGACGGCUGCUCAACUCACUGCUCAACUCGAUGGACGAGGACACCAAGUGGAGCAGAUUCGGCCACGUUACACGUCAGACGCUCAGUCGUAUCUCCUACCAGCCGUACAUCAGCACAGCACGCGACAUCUACCGCCAGUGGAUGGACUCUGCGGACCCCGACGCCGGAACCCCGGUGCGAGAGAAAUACUACUGUCCGGUCUUCGAGUGGGGCAGCGACGACGAGUGGGAGUUUGGCCUGCAGCGGGUCAUCCACUUCCCCGAGUCCAGGAAGAAGUCGGAGCGCUACUACCUGCUGAAGACGCUGGCAGGCUGCCCGCGUCAGCCCGAGAAGGUGCUGAGGCUGCUGAACAUCACGCUCGUGGAGGGAAACGGCAACUUCAGCGACGCUGACGUCCGGGUGAUCCUCAGCAUGCUGACGGGCAGCUCGCCCGGCUACACCACGCUGUUUAAGUUCCUCGUCCAGAACUGGGACAUCCUCAAGCAGAGGUACGCCAACAAGCCCCACAUGUGGGAGUACCUGAUCAGCUGCAGCACCGAGGCAUUCAACACCCAGGAGGGACUCGACAUGGUGUCGGAGCUGUACGUGGCGCGGCAGGGGGAGUUCGGGAGCGCGGACGCCAUCAUCGAGCGCUCGCUCAAGACCAUCAAGGAGGAGGCGCGCUGGAGCGAGGAGAACCUGCCCACCUUGGAGGCGUGGCUGGAGUGGGCACUGGCCGCUGAGGACGGCGGCCGUGCCGAGCGGGGCGCCUACCCCAUGGGAUAGCCCGCGCCACCUCGCGACGUUGCCCGGCGAUCCCUGGCGCACCCUGCUUCCGAUACAUCCCGGUUACACCACUGCAACGUUACCUGUACUCCUCGUGCUGUACUGAACCGCUCCUUCGUCAACUUGACGUGUCGUUUAUCAACGACACACAAACAUUUGCUUCCAACUGAAUUUUUUUUCUCCACCUCGUGGGUGAAGAUGACCGGAGAAAGGUUGGAUCCUACCUAAACGCCAUUUUGCCGCAGGGACAGCUGGGUACGACCUACACAACAAGCGAAAGUUAUAUUACCUCACAGUCAGAAUAUUGAAUUUUUUUUAUAUAAGACUGCUAAACAUUUGCUAGGCUUAGAUUUUUCACAAGUAGCAGCAUAGUGCAAGGCGGACAUAUUUAUUACGUAAACAUCAAAGAGUUAAUUAUGUAUGUGGUUUCAGCCUAUUCCUGAUGCCUUACAAAUAACUGUGUUGUGAAUAAAGAUUUUUAAAUAAACCUACUUGAACAAUAAUAUAAAAAAAACUUAAUAAUUUUUACAUUAAAGUGCUUGCUUUGAUAUAAAAGAGUUGACCAAAACAGAAAUCAGCGCAUGUUUCUAUGUUACGUUUGUCUUAUAAAUGGAAUGAGAUUAUGGAUAUUGUAUGAACAUGUUUUAUUAUAGUAAAAAUUAUAUAUGUUUUUCUAUAGUUUAAAAGCUAAAUAGAAAACUCAACUUGUAGUAUUCAAGAAAUAAAAAACAUCAGUUAAA